AUGUUUGUGCGUCCAAUAAUUUAUGAACUAUUAAAUCGUGGCCAUGAAGUUAUAUCCAUAACAUCACUACCAAUCAACGAUCCAAAUUUAAACAAUCUUAUCGAAAUUGAUACAAGUGUAAAAUUACCGCUUUUAUUUGGACGUGGUCAUGAAAAAACGGAUGUAGUGGAAGGUAGUCAAAUGUAUACCAUACGUAAUGCUAUAGACUUUGGUUUUGUUAUUUUGAAAUCAAUGUUUAAUAAUUCGCAAGUGCAAAGCUUAAUUCGCAAUGAUCAAAAUAUAAAAAUUGAUGUUAUGAUUCUGGAAUGGAUUUUGGUACCAUUUGCUGGGCUAAGUUUUGUAUAUGAUUGCCCACUAGUGGGUAUUUUUCCAAUGGGUAGUGAUUAUACUAGUAAUCAACUGUUUGCGUCAGACUUAUCUCCUUUUCAUACGUAUGAUAUUAAUUUUCCAUAUUCCAAUCCAAUGUCAUUUUGGGAGCAGAUGCAAUAUAUGCUGCAUUUAAAUAAUGCAUAUGACAUUUAUAGAAAAGUUAAUGAUUUGGUACAAAUCACACUGAAUAAUAAUUUUCCAAAUCAUUCUAUAACAUUAGAAGAUUUGCAUCGAAAAGUCAAUGUCUACUUGCGAAACAACCAUGUAGCAUUUUCGGGACCAUAUGUAGAAGUACCCGGUAUAAUUAAUAUUGGUGGAAUUAGUAAGCAACAACCAAAGCCUUUACCAUUGAAUUUACAACAAUUCUUAGACAAAGCAACCGAAGGAGUGAUUUUUGUAAGUUUUGGAUCAUUAGUAAAGAGUGAUUCAAUACAUGAAGAUAAAUUAGCGAUUCUGAUCGAUACAUUUAAAAAAUUACCUUUUAAAAUCAUAUGGAAAUGGGAUGAUUAUUCAGUAUCGGAUCAUUUUGAUAAUGUUUUAAUUCAAAAAUGGUUUCCACAAAAUGAUAUACUUCAUCAUCCAAAUACAAAAUGUUUCAUAACCCAUGGUGGUCUUCAGUCUGUGGAACAAGCUAUUUAUGCUAAAGUACCAUUAAUUGGAAUACCAUUUUUUGGUGACCAACAUUAUAAUGUUCAUAGAAUUGAGAAAUUGCAAAUUGGAAUCAAACAACGUUACAUGCAUUUGAAUGGGGAGGACUUAUUUAACUCAAUUUUAGCAGUAAUUAAUGAUCAAAAGAUCCAAGAGCAUCUCUUUCAAGGUUUUAACAGUAAUCUGAUCUUACGAUCUUCACCUGCCGAACUGAGAUUUUCAGAGGUUGCUGCUUUUGUUAAUACUUUCAUUGGACCCUCAGGAAAAGACAAAUCGUUGGAAUAUGGCAGAGGUUACCGUUCUGAAGAUUCAUCGGCAUACUUAAUACCUCAUAAAGAUUUCUAA